AUGUCAGAUCCAAGCCUCUACCAAUUUCCGUCGCCGUUGGAAGGCUUUAGAGACCUGCCUCCUCUUCCUACUGAGAGAGCCGAAGAUGGAAAGUCAUUCGUCAAUCCGCCAGCAAAAGAGAAGAGUGCUGCGUAUGAAGCUUUCCCUGGCCCAAUCACUAAAGGGAUCCGGGGAGGAUUUGACGUCCACAUCUACUUCCUCCAGACCGACGAGGAGCAAGCCAAGUUUGCGAAGGAGCUAUGGGAGCGUGUUCGACGAGAGUUUCCCGAGUUGCGCAUCUACCAGGUUUGGGAAAAGCCAAUUGGUCCACAUAUAACGGGCAUGUUCGAGGUCAAUUUGUUCACGCCAGAGCAGUUUGGAGCUUUCAUUCCUUGGUUGGUGAUAAACCGCGGACCUCUCUCUGCCCUCAUUCAUCCAAACACUGGUGAAGAUGAACGGGAUCACACUCAGCGAGCCACUUGGAUGGGCCAGCCAUUGCCACUGCAUCUCGCUCUGUUCAAGACAUUGAAGAGCAACUUGAAUUAG